UAAGUAGACCGGCAGGCUGUCCGACCCAGCUGGCUUUCUAAGGGACGGUGGAGGAGACAGGCAAGUGCGGGUGCUUCACCCACGUGCCAGCGGCCAGCCUCCGAGGGAGGAGGGGCAGCCAUACCCCACCUGACGCCCCGUCCCAGCCCUUCUCCCCACUCCGGAACUCGCCUGUUUCCGUCUCACAUCAGCAUUCCCCUAUCGCACAGCAGGGCGGGCCCAGGGCGCGGGGCUACCCAGGGUUAGAGAAGCGGGCGUGGUCAACCGGGCGAGCAGCGCGACGGCCGCCGGAACCCAAAGCGCGAAACCGCGGCCAUCCGGGGGCGCGUGUUCGCGCGCGCCAUCCCCGCGUGACCGCACGGCCGCUUCCGGCACAACGGGAGGAUGUGGCCGCCGUGUGGAUCGCUCAGGGCCCGGGCCCUGGCCUUAGCGCCAUUCCGCGGGUCUCGAGCCUGCGGUGGGAACGGAGACGUCUCCUACACGCAGGGCCAGAGCCCGGAGCCCCGGACGCGGGAGUACUUUUACUACGUGGAUCAUCAGGGCCAGCUUUUCCUGGAUGACUCCAAAAUGAAGAACUUCACCACCUGCUUCAAAGACCCGCAGUUCCUGGUCACCUUCUUCUCUCGCCUGAGACCCAACCGCAGCGGGCGCUACGAGACCUCCUUCCCCUUCCUCUCACUCUGCGGCAAGGAGCGCAACUUCCUGCGCUGCGAAGACCGGCCCGUGGUCUUCACGCACCUUCUGGCCGCGGGCCCGUGGCCCCCGCUCCUCUCUUACUGCGGCGGCGGCGAGGCCCUGGCCGUACCCUUUGAACCGGCGCGGCUGCUGCCUCUUGCCGCCAAUGGGCGCCUCUACCACCCGGCGCCAGAGCGCGCGGGCGGCGUAGGCCUGGUGCGAUCCGCCCUGGCCUUUGAGCUCAGCGCCUGCUUCGAGUACGCGCCCGGCGCUCCGGGGCUGCCCUCGCACGUGUGCUGGCAAGGCCGCCGCCUCGCCCUUACCAUGGAUCUGACCCCGCUUCUGCUAGCCGCCCCGCCACUCUGAGCAGCGGGAGGACGGGCACCGCCCCCGGCGCCUCGGUGCUUCCGGCCCGAGUCGCUGCGCACGCCCCACCCGGAGAGCCGCGCACCGGCCGAGUGCGCGUGCGCAGAGGAGGGCGCCGCGGCCCCGCCUUCCCGGCGCUGUCCGUGGUGCUACAGCGGCCUGAGCCCCUCCUGCGGGGAGGGACAGGUAGCGGGACCCUCUCUCUCCACACCCGGGUUCUGAGGCGUCCUCAGAUUCGGCCCGCGUUCGCGGCGCCAGGCCUGGGUGGACAGGGGGAGGCGCGGGGCCCCAGUGCGCGUGCGCGAGUGGCGCCCCUCGUCCCGUCCCCGCCCGCCGCAGGCUCAGCGGGGAGCCGCGCCGCGGGAGCGUCAGCCCCGCACAGAUGCGCGCCCUAGGCAGUGACAGCAGUCGCCGAAUCCUGUGUGUGACGCCCCACCCCCUGCCCAGCCGGAUUAGAGGGUUGUCCGAAGGGUGAAAGAAUUCCUGGGCUUGCUUCCCCUCGCAUCCCAGGCCAAGCUGGGCCCUUCUACACAGAUCAGCAUCUAGGGGCAUCCGUGUGAACAGCAGUGCCUUGAGGCCUGAGAAGGCCAAGAACCUCUCUACUUGAGAGGCGUUGCUGCCUGGAGGAUGGGUGGGGGAGCCCUGGGCCAGCCCUUUUGCUCAGGAAAAUGGAUCCCAGGAACCCAGAGAAUGCCCCCAGCUUCUUGGAGUUCAUGCAUCCUGAGACACCAGGGAACUGCCUCUGCCUGGGUCAGAUCUAUUCCAUUAAACUUUUGCUGUGCCUGCGUA